AUGGUCCCUGUAACAAGUGUUUUACCUGCAUGUCGGACCAAAGCUGCACGCCCGACUGCAUACCACACGCUGCAGUUACGUUGGUUUGAGGCUAGCAGAAGGCUUAAUGGGACUUAUCUCCGGCAUCGAGGAUGCCUUGGUGCUGUUGUCCCGCUAAUUGAUUCAUCGAUCAUUAAUGUUCUUAUUUUAUGCUACUGGUAA